UUGCAUGCGAAAAAAAAGGAAGGAAAUAUUUUUGCUUUUGUUAUCACGCACAUUCUGACAAUUACAUAUGACUGUUCACGUAGGUGCGAACAGCCUUCAAAAUCUCUUUCAACGCGAAUAACCCGAAUUGGUGAAGUGCCAAGAAAAAUACGAAAGUGUGUAGAAGGUGUAGAAGAUAUCGAGCAAACGCCGAAGCAGUCGUAUUCGUUGUUUUCAUACGUGAAAAGUUGCUUUUGUUUCAAAAAAGGCAACUAUCAAUCAAAUUUUGCAACUGUGAUAAAUUAUUUGAAGACUAUUGUAGCAUCUAUCAGAAACUUCCACUUAAAAUGAACAAUAAAUUAAAACCAUAUGGCAGCGACAGCGACGACAGUGGCGAUGAGGAAACCGAUUUCGAUGUGGACAAAUUAGAAACUCUGGGAGUGGGUCCAGGGGAGCAUAAAUUGCAGUACACGUACUGUCUUUGGUUUGCAAAAAAAGGUUCACAUCGAGCUGCUGAAUAUGGAAAAUCGCUUCAUUUUGUGGGACGUUGUGCUAGUGUAGAGCAAUGGUGGACCUUGUAUUGCCAUCUCAUCAAACCUACGGUGUUGAAACCUUUCCGGAAACUGCAUUUAUUCAAGAAUGGCAUAAAACCAAUGUGGGAAGAUCCAGGAAAUGUGCGUGGAGGUAAAUGGGUAAUACGUCUGAGGAAGAAUAAAAUUGAUCGCGCGUGGGAGAACGUUUGCAUGGCGAUGCUAGGCGAACAGUUCCUUGUGGGUCCAGAAAUAUGUGGUGUAGUACUUUCAACCCAAUUUCCUGAAGAUCUGUUAUCUAUCUGGAACCGAACAGCUACUGAUACCACCAGUACUAAUCGAAUUCGUGAUACGUUGAGAAGAAUUUUGAAUCUAUCGCCUACGACACAUAUGGAAUAUAAACCUCAUUGCGACAGUCUCAAAUACCUUUAAUUAGACUUGUCCAUGUAUUCUAUUUUUGUUGAUAAUAAAGGUAGUUUAAAAAAAAAGAAAA